AUGCAAUCUCCAGUUCCAAUCUUCGUACCCCACACAUCAUUAUGGCUAGGUCCUGACGGAGAGUUUUCGUAUGACGUGGGACCCCCGCAAGCUAUGGGCACACCUCAACAACGAUCCAAACGACAUUUAAGAAGCUCCUAUUCAGAUUCGCCGCUCCCAUCCCGUCGACAUGAAAAGCCAGCACGGUCACCAAGCAUUUCUCAUAUGAAUUGCAGAGCAUAUCGAGGCAAGAACUUUCCAGACUUAACUCAGGAACUAACUCUGGAACCGGCGUCGGCAGUUCUGGUUCGACCUUCAGGCCAGUAA